GUUACUCUCUCGUACCGUCUCUGCGAUUGAUCGUACUGGGGUUGCUUUCUUGGGUGCUCUGUUUUUUUCAUAUGGGUGUCCGGGCUUCCCUGUGGGUGGUCGUUGCCGUCUCUUGGCUAUCCAUCCAGGCGCAGGUCCUGCGCUCUCAAGGGGUCCCUGAGUGCAAUUCGAGCGAUUCCCAGGCAUUGGUAGUCUUGAUGAGCAACUUCGAGUCCCCAGUCCAAGGUUGGGGGCCCAACGCGUCCGCCAAUUGCUGCAACUGGGCGGGCGUGUUGUGCGACGGCUCCACCGGUUCGGGCAGAGUGGUGGAGUUGGCCCUUGCGAGCAAGAAGCUCGCGGGCAGCCUCUCGGACUCGCUCGGCCAGUUGGACCAGUUGAGAUUCCUCAAUCUCUCUCACAACCUCCUCAAGAGCACACUCCCCGAGUCGCUCCUCCGCCUCCCUAAAUUGCAGGUCCUCGAUCUCAGCUACAAUAAAUUCUUCGGACCGGUGCCCGCGAGAGCCAAUUUGCCCUCUCUCCGCGUUUUCAACAUCUCUGAGAACUUUUUCAAUGGGACUCUGCCCGUGUGGAUUUGCACGAACUCGACUGGCAUUGAGGUGCUUAAUCUGGCUGUCAAUUAUUUCUCUGACGUUAUCCCGUCGGGACUCGGCAACUGUGGCUCCUUGCAGAACCUUUCUCUGGCCACGAAUUAUCUCACUGGUGUGAUCAGUGAAGAUAUCUUCACUCUGGGUCAGUUGGUCCAAUUGAGCCUUCAAGAAAAUUCCUUUUCAGGGCCGCUCAGCAGCGGGAUCGGUGAUCUCACGGCACUGGUUUGGCUGGACAUUUCAACAAACGGAUUCUGGGGGCCAAUCCCGGAUAUGUUUCAGAACAUGAAGAAGCUGCAGUACUUCAUAGCUCAGACCAAUGGCUUCACAGGCUCCAUCCCACCGUCCUUGUCCAAUUCGCCGUCGCUUACGUUUCUCAAUUUGAGGAACAACUCACUGACCGGUACGAUAGCUCUCAAUUGUUCGGCAUUGAGCAGUCUGGUGUCUCUGGAUUUAGGUUCCAACAAUUUCAGUGGUCCCAUCCCUGAGGAUUUGCCCAAUUGCCAGAAGCUGCAGACUGUGAAACUUUCCCGGAACAAGUUCACAACCCCGAUUCCUCAAAGCUUCAAGAACUUCUCCAGCCUUUUUUACCUGUCAAUCUCGAAUUCGAGCCUAUCAAACGUCUCAUCUGCACUCGGGAUCCUUCAGCACUGCGAGAAUUUGACAGUUUUGGUUCUCACUCUGAAUUACUUUGACGAAGAAUUGCCCAGCGAUGCGAGUUUGAGUUUUCCGAAUCUUAAGGUUCUUAUCAUGGCGAAUAGUCGACUGACGGGUUCCAUGCCCGAGUGGGUGCGUGGAUGCACCCGUUUGCAGUUGCUGGAUUUGUCCCGGAACAGAUUGGGUGGAAUGAUCCCGUCGUGGAUUGGCGACUUCCAAUCUCUCUUUUAUUUGGACUUAUCGAACAACUUGUUCGUGGGCGAGAUCCCAAACGAGAUUACCAGAUUGUCUGGCCUCAUCGACAGAAAUGUGUCAAUAGCUUCUCUAGAUUUGCAGGUCUUCAUGAAGAGGAAUGUGAACGCGAGGGCGCUGCAGUACAAUCGAGUUACAAGCUUUCCACCAACUGUGAAUCUCGGAUACAACGCUCUCAACGGAUCAAUCUGGCCCGAGUUCGGGAAUCUAAAAAAUGUCCAUAUCUUGGAUCUCAGCCGUAACUUCUUAUCAGGUUCGAUUCCUGCCAGUUUAUCUGGAAUGACUAACCUAGAGACCCUCGAUUUGUCUUACAACAAUCUGUCCGGAAGUAUACCUUCUUCGUUAGUGCGUCUCACCUUUCUGUCCACGUUCGGCGUUGCAUAUAACAAUUUGUCCGGGCCGAUUCCUAAAGGCGGCCAAUUCCCGACUUUCCCCAAUUCGAGUUUCGAAGGAACCAAACUGUGGGAUGAUAAUGAUCCUCUCCAUUCCGGGAGUCAAAGUCAUCCUGGAUCCGUCGGUCCGAGUCAAAAUCAUUCUGGAUCUGCCGAUCAUGCCAUGAGUGAUAUAAGCCUUGGGAUGACCAUAGGAGUUGCAUUCGGAAUGGCUAUUGGAAUUGCAUUGGGAACAACUAGGAUCGGUGAUUCAUGUUUGUGUGAGAUCAUCAGAUUUUAUGCUCGGGUUAAGUCAAGUAUGUAA